CGGCCAAUCAUAGGUGCGCCCACGGUCCCGCCCCCAAACCGUGCUACCGGGUCCCCUGUUUCGUCACUUCCUCUCCAGCCCCUGCGCAGUCGAUGAGGAAACCCGGACGCCCCAGUAGCUUUCUUUUUUUCCAAGCGGCGCGAAGAUGGCGGACAUUCAGACGGAGCGAGCCUACCAAAAGCAGCCCACCAUCUUCCAAAACAAGAAGAGGGUCCUGCUGGGAGAGACCGGCAAAGAGAAGCUACCUCGGUACUACAAGAACAUCGGCCUGGGAUUCAAGACGCCCAAGGAGGCCAUUGAGGGCACCUACAUUGACAAGAAAUGCCCCUUUACCGGUAACGUCUCCAUCCGAGGGCGCAUCUUGUCCGGCGUGGUGACCAAGAUGAAGAUGCAGAGGACCAUCGUCAUCCGCCGGGACUAUCUCCACUACAUCCGCAAGUACAACCGCUUCGAGAAGCGCCACAAGAACAUGUCCGUGCACCUGUCCCCCUGCUUCCGAGACGUCCAGAUCGGCGACAUUGUCACCGUGGGCGAGUGCCGGCCCCUGAGCAAGACGGUGCGCUUCAACGUGCUCAAGGUCACCAAGGCCGCCGGCACCAAGAAGCAGUUCCAGAAGUUCUGAGCUGCCCUCCCGCCCCCGCCAAUAAAGCUAUUUUCUGUC